ACCCUUCAUCGUUUAUGUUCUAAAUUCGAUCCCCUCUCUUCUCUUGCAGAAACAAAAAAUAAUACCUAAAAAUACUUAAAAUGAAUGAAGCAACUUUAUAUUAUGAUUCAUCAAAUCUGUCUCAUCAUCAAUAUUUAUACCCUCGAACAUCAAGCUACUCGAGUCUCAUACCUUGCUUAACAGAUAUCUGGGGUGUCUUGCCGUUAAAAGUUGACGAUUCUGAAGAUAUGGUCAUUUACAACUUCCUUCGUGAUGCUGUUUCCUCUGGUUGGUCUCCGUUAGAUUUCACCGCCACCGCAACAACAACGACCGUUAAAGCCGAGCCCAGGGAAGACUUAGAGCUGCAUGGUCCGGUUUUAGAAAAUAAACCGGUUCAAGAAACUGCUUCAGGUUCAUAUUUUGAGAGUAAAAAAAAUAUUGAAUUUGUGAAAAAGCAAAACAAGAAAGUGCUCGUAAAAGGAAGGCAUUAUAGAGGAGUAAGGCAGCGGCCGUGGGGGAAGUUUGCGGCGGAGAUACGUGAUCCGGCGAAGAAUGGGGCCAGAGUAUGGCUUGGUACGUACGAGACAGCUGAGGAAGCUGCUUUGGCUUACGAUAGAGCGGCUUUUAGAAUGCGCGGCUCAAGAGCUCUAUUAAAUUUUCCAGAUAAGAUUGGCUCGAAUGAGCCUGACCCGGUUAGAAUCACGGCUAAACGUCGAGAGUCUGAUAUGGCUGUGGUGGCUCUGGGCAGCGGCUCGGCUAAAAGAAGAAAAAACUUAGCGGCUGCUGAAGCUGAUAAAGAGUCGGACAGGGAGAGUGGAUGCAGUAGUGGUGGAACUGUUGUGUUUCCGGUUAGGGUUAAAAUUGAGACGAUGCCAGCUGGCGAAGAACUAUUGGUUAGUUAGUUUUAUGUCUUUAGGGAUUGACUUGUAGUCGGCAAGGGCAUGUUUGGAAUUGUGUAAUGUGUGUAUAGAAUGAGAUUUUAGUAAGUUUAUUUAUUGAUGAUCAGUGUAACUAUCUAAACAAAGGUCAAUGAUACAGCAUGCUAAUGAGAUCAUUAAAUCGA